AUGCCAACAUAUAAACUCUAUUAUUUCAACGCUCGUGGUCGUGCUGAAAUAGCUCGUUUGAUAUUUGCUGCUGCUGGAGAGACAUUUGAAGACGUUCGAUAUGAACGUGAAGAAUGGCCAUCACAUAAAUCUGAAAUGCCAUUAGGUCAAAUGCCAGUUCUUGAUGUUGAUGGAGUAAAAUUACCUCAAUCAAUGGCGAUUGCUCGUUUUCUUUCAAAACAAUUUCAACUUGCUGGUAAAGACAAUCUUGAACAAGCUAAAGUCGAUGCAAUUGUGGACACAAGUAUUGAUUUAGCUACGAAAUAUAUACCAAUUCAUAUGCAACAAGAUGAAAGCAAGAAAAAAGAAGAAUUAAAUAAAUUUUUUGCUGAUGAAUUACCAAAGCAUUUGAAAAAUUUUGAAACUCUCGGAAAAUUAUAUAGUAAUGGCGGCCAAUUUUUUGUUGGGAAUUAUUUGACUUUUGCUGAUUUAGAAGUCUAUGAUAUGUUAGGAUAUAUUAUUAAAGUUGAUGAUAAUAUCCUUCAACCUUAUCCUUGGUUAGAACGUAAUCGUCAAUUGGUUGAAAAAAAUCCAAAAAUUGCUGAAUAUCUUAACAAUCGAAAAGAAACAUCAUUUUAA